AUGAAACGUGGUGGCACGAACACACGCGAAAAGAAUGUUGCAUCCUUCUCAGACACCUCUUCAGAAAGUAGUGCGUCGUUUGAUGUUGCAGUUGCAGAGCAAUAUCUCACCAUUUUAGCGAGCCCCUGGCAUACUGUCCGCACUCCAGUCAAGGCCAAGCUACGGCCUAAAAAGCUGCAGCGGCAGCGCUUUACCCGCACAAGGAGCACUAGGCUUAUGCUCCUCGACGAAAGCUCUGACAUAAACAGUGAUGCAACCUCAACAAGUUCUGAGGAUUAUGAAGUCGUCGCCCAACUCAUUCGGCGGCGUCCUCGGACAAAGAUCCCGUCCGCCCCAUCUGAUAGUGAGACGAGUGAUGGGGCAUCGGAUGACGGAGAUGCAGGAGUCGUCUUUUUUGUCCCAGGCGGCCGUCGGCCUGCACGGUCUUCACAAUCCGAGCCACCUCGAAAGUUGUGCCUUGACGGUCUCAUUGAUAUCCUUCUGGACCUUGCUGAGUCAUAA